UUUUUUUAAUUUUUUGGUGGCAAAACACCCUCCAGUUUGUUUGAUUGGGGCGCGGUUGAUGGCUUCUACCUGAAACGGUGCCUUUCAAAAUCGGAUUUCUCUCAUGCAUUCUCUCGUCGCAGAUCUAACUACCCGACUCUCAAUUCCUCUCGCUUCGAAUCCGAAAAUCCAUCACAAAUCUGCUAUUCAACUCCAUCAUCAUUUCGUUAGAUCACAGCCGUAGAUCGGAGUGGAGCCCAAACAUGGUGCUAGUAUCGGCCGUACGCGAUUACAUCAACCGGAUGUUGCAGGACAUCUCGGGCAUGAAGGUUCUCAUCCUCGAUUCUCACACGGUUAGUGUAGUUAGUGUCGGGUAUUCACAGUCGGAACUUCUUCAGAAAGAAGUAUUCUUGGUAGAAUUGGUAGAUUCCAUAUCCAAGUCAAAAGAAUCUAUGUCACAUCUUAAGGCAGUUUACUUCCUUCGGCCCACGUCAGAGAAUAUCCAGCAUUUGCGGCGACAGCUAGCUAGUCCUAGAUUUGGAGAGUACCACCUAUUUUUCUCAAAUAUAUUGAAGGAUACCCAGAUUCAUAAUUUAGCUGAUUCAGAUGAACAGGAAGUUGUCCAGCAGAUUCAGGAAUUUUAUGUGGACUUUGUAGCAAUUGAUCCAUACCAUUUCACUUUGAAUAUGCCGUCAAAUCACAUUUAUAUGCUCCCGGCAGUUGUAGAUACUUCAAAUUUGCCGCACUUCUGUGACCGAGUUGUUGAUGGUAUUGCAUCCAUUUUUUUGUCCUUAAAAAGAAGACCUAUUAUUAGAUAUCAAAGGACUUCUGAUAUUGCUAAGAGGAUAGCACAGGAAACGGCUAGGCUGAUGUACCAGCAGGAAAGUGGGCUUUUUGAUUUCAGACGAAUGGAAGUUUCCCCAUUGUUGCUGGUAAUCGAUAGGAGGGAUGAUCCUGUGGCGCCGUUGCUAAACCAGUGGACCUAUCAGGCAAUGGUUCAUGAAUUGAUAGGUAUUCAAGACAACAAGGUCGAUUUGAGAAACAUUGGCAAACUUCCAAAGGAUCAACAGGAGGUUGUGUUGUCAUCAGAGCAAGAUGCCUUUUUCAAAGCUAACAUGUAUGAGAAUUUUGGAGAUAUUGGGAUGAAUAUCAAGCGAUUGGUAGAUGAAUUUCAGCAGAUUUCAAAGAGUAACCAGAGCAUCCAGACAAUAGAAGACAUGGCCAAAUUUGUUGACAAUUACCCUGAUUACAGAAAAAUGCAUGGAAAUGUUUCAAAGCAUGUGACAUUGGUCACAGAAAUGAGCAAGAUAGUUGAAGAGAGAAAACUCAUGUUAGUUUCACAAACAGAGCAGGAGUUGGCUUGUAAUGGCGGUCAAGUGGCAGCAUUUGAGGCAGUGAAAAAUAUUUUAAACAAUGAAAGUGUAUCUGAUAUUGACCGUUUACGCUUAGUGAUGCUUUAUGCUUUGCGCUACGAGAAGGAAAGCCCUGUUCAAUUGAUGCAGCUUUUCAACAAACUGGCUUCUCGGUCUGCCAAGUACAAACCAGGGCUUGUCCAGUUCGUCUUGAAGCAAGCAGGUGUUGAUAAGCGAACUGGGGAUUUUUUUGGAAAUCGAGAUCUUUUGAAUAUUGCUCGUAACAUGGCUCGUGGACUGAAGGGGGUUGAGAAUGUUUACACCCAGCACCAACCACUUUUGUUCCAAACCAUGGAAAGCAUUUCCAAGGGACGGUUGAGAGAUGUGGACUACCCAUAUGUUGGCAAUCACUUUCAGCAGGGCAGGCCACAGGAAGUAGUCAUAUUCAUUGUUGGAGGGACGACAUAUGAAGAGUCACGUUCUGUUGCUCUACAAAAUGCCAGAAAUUCUGGAAUUCGUUUUAUACUUGGUGGAUCUGUGGUUCUGAAUUCUAAGAGGUUUCUGAAGGACUUGGAAGAAGCUCAAAGGAUGGCUCGUUCUAGCACAGUAGUGGUUUGAAGCCCAUCAUAUGUGUCUUGAGAGCCAUUUAGAUAAUUUUUUAUGGCUUUAUACGGAGCUUUUUGAUUGGUGACUUGCAGUGGUGAGAUUGUUAAUGAAUAUUGGGAGGAGGAACUUGAUGAGGGGUCAUCAGAAUCAACCCACCUCUCCUGCAUUAGACAUCCAAUAUUCACCAAUUUUCAAAGGAAUAAAAGGUAAAUAGGUUUUGAGGAGGCUAAAUCCAUUACGUAAUAUGAGAUAUUACUAAUUUACGAGAAAUAAUUUGCAGAUAGCCAUAUCACUUGUUUAACAACACCACCUUGCAUUGUUAAAGAUGUAAAAUCACAUACAUAUUUUUUCUUUUUCUUUUUUUGGUUGUAUACAUGUUUGAUGUAUCCUGGCCCUGGGUAGUUGUAUGAUUGGACAAAUAUUGUGAAAAGUUACAGCUGAGCACAUAUGGUUGAGCCAGGGCCACGGGUUUUGUUUAAACUUCAGCAAAUCAAUGAUCUGGUGACAUGGGAAGUUUUUGAA